AUGUUCCCUCCCCGCGCCGGUCAGUGCGCGUGCGUCAUCGACGGCGCGCACACCGAGUUCUUGAUCACCGAGUACGCCGACCGCGUCCUCGUCGUCGCGACGCAGAUCGGUAAACUCGGCACGGUGUUUCAUCUCUCUCGCAGUCAAUCGGUCGAGCUCAGCGAUCCCUCCUACGAGGACGACGGCGAGACGAUGGACGACGCGACGGCGAGCAUGGACACCGUCAUCGCGCGCACGGUGAUCGGCAGGCGCGACGACGACGCGCUGCGGGCGUGCGCGAGAAGGAUAGCGGACGUGCUGUUCACCGAAGGUUUGGAAAAGCCGAUCGUGUGCGCGCUGGGGUUGCGGUCGGACGCGAGCUUGGAGGCGAAGCGGGCGGUGGCGCGAGUCGCCGUCGAACGCGGUCGCGAGUUGUUGGCGGCGUCGCGCGCCGCGGAGGGAAGCGGAAGUCGUAGUUUUGAUUAG